AUGGGCCGGCGCAUCACGCGUCGUACCCUUGGUACUGAGGUGCUGGCACAGUUGCAGGAGGGCGUAGUGGGCGGUAAACUCAGCGGAAAGGGCUUAGCGCCCCACGGGGAAGUGGAAUUCAUCAUUUUACAUCAAAUAGUUGAGCUGUGUUUUAAGGUUCUGAUCGCUGACCUGCGCCAAGGCCAAGAGCUUCUCAAGAAGGCGUCUUCAGCAGGAAGGGGAAAACACAACCCAUCUGCCGAAAGGAAUCGAUUCACCACAUCAGUCGCGUCAAGAGAAUUUUUCAUCACUCCACCGGGGCGUUCGGGGUCCUGGAGACGAUACAACCCCGGAAAAUGCCUUGAGUUUCGUGAUUGCCUCGUGUCGGCGUCCAGUCUCCAGUCCGUUACCUUCCACUUACUUGAACAGCUGCUGGGUGUGCUGAACGUGACGCGAAGCCUCGUGAAUGGUGCUAGUGGCUUUUAG